AUGAGAAGUUUCCUUGUAGCAGCUGUGCUGUUGCUUGUUUCUUGUGUAUUUGCAGUCUCUUUGGAAGACGCAUUCGUCAAGGAUUGGGCUUUGCAUAAUUAUGUUAAUCUCAUCCGGCCUUGGCUAGUGACUUCAGAUUCCCUUUUGGCAUUGUCAGAAUCCAACCGUUUAGUUCGCUUGACGGGCGAAAACCAAGCAAUUACUUUCCUGAUUGACCUUUCGGAAUGGGGUUACACUGAGGAAAUUUCCGGUCAUGAUAUACAUGUGAAUCUCCUCGAUACAAGCUUCGUGACGUAUAUAGAAGGAAGUACAGAGCUUCAUGUUUUCAAGAAAGACACAGGCGUAUGGGUAAACCGCGUGAAGUUGACUUCGGUGAUCAAAUCAGUGACAUCUUUGUCCAAUGAUUCUUUUGCUAUAUUGGAUUCUCACAAUGUCUUGUCUGUUUGGAACAAUGGUGACUUAGGUGCACUUGGCACUUAUGCUUCUUUCAAAGUCUUCACUGAAAAUGGGUAUGACUAUGUUUUUGCAGAUGGUCAACUUUUGCAAUUGCUGUAUGAGGCUGAUGGUUUGGAAGUGAAUGCUCUCGAUGCAAAUGCCAAAAUUGGCCAAGAAAUAGCUUUGAAGUCCUCUUUGAUCAUCGAUGGACAUCAUGGUGUCUCAACAGAAGGAAAGGAUGUUUCAAUCAAGCUGCAAGUUGGUGAUAAAACUGAAGUGAUUUGGACGGAGUCAUUCGACUCAGUUUUGCAGGUGAAAAUAUUUACAAUCUCGUCUUCUAAGUACCUUAUUGUCGUCACUGCCAAUUGCGUGCACGCUUAUGACAUUAGCGCUUAUUUGAGAACGCACAAAAGGGAGACGAUUUUCAGACAUGACUUGGUAUUUAAUGGAACUUUUCUUGACAUUCUUAUGGAUGAGAGCUUGACUGUCUUGUCGAUUAGCGAUGAUAAGCCUAUCACGUUUGACAUCUUCACUGUGGAUCUUUACUCGAAAUCUAAGAAAACCUUCUCUGUUCCUCCUCAUCAGGUGCACGUUAGUGGAAAGGCCAUAAUAGUAGACCAGCCCCGGUCACUUUCUCUGAUCGAGAAAGUGCACCACUUGGUCGAAGACUCUCAAACUGGUACAGAUGUCUUGAGAUGGUUGAAGAGAACAAAAACACACUUGGCUCAACUCGGCCGGUUUGUUGUUGAGAACGCUUCAGGCUCUCCUCAGUCUCAUUUGGCACGCUUCACGAGAAAUCUCAAAAAACUGGGCAAUCCUUUAGGUCUGGUUCUUGGAGUAUUCGUGCAAGCUGGUGAAUACGAGGAAAAGUUUGAGGAAGACAAGUAUGGAUUUGAAAAAAUUUACAUUUACUAUGACAGUGACAAUAGAUCCAUUGUUGCCAAGAAAUCUAAGGAUGGGUCGACCUUGUGGACCCAGAAAUUGCAACAGAAGGACAACCUUGUCGACUUGCAUUCGAUAAAUGAUGAGGUAUAUGUCGUUUUCUCGCAUUCUGUUUACACUUUGCUGUUGAGGACUGGAGAAAUUAUCUCUGAAAAACUGUUUACGACCACAAUCGAGAAAGCAAUUCUUGUUGAGACUGAAAUCAGCAACGAAAAGAUAGAAGAAGGUGCUGACCCUUUGGCACUUGCAUUAAGGUUUGGAAAUUCCUUGGAAUUCCUUUAUUCGGAGACUACACUUGCUGACUCUCAGUUUAUUCUUUCCCAAACAGAUGAUUUCACUCUAGAGGCAUAUAAAAUCGCAGGAAGCAAAUUGAUACAAACUUGGAAAUUUGGAACUAGGGGCGAAAAGAUAUUAGCUGUAUCUGACCAAGAGGGUAGCUUAACAUCUGCAGCCGGAAUAGCUAGAUCAGAUCGCUCUGUCUUAUACAAAUAUUUGAACCCUAAUUUGGUCUCAGUUGUUACACAAGAAGGCCAGUCGCUCAAAGUAACUCUUUUGGACGGAAUAACCGGAAAUGUUCUCCAUAUUGAACGUCAUAGCGAUCAAAUUAUUGACCCCAAAUCAAUUAAUGUGGUUCAGAACGAUAAUUGGGUUGUUUACUACUAUUUCGUCAAGCAUCCAAAGGUUGAACAGCGAAUUGUUGUAUUAGAUUUGUUUUCGACGGCUGAAAAUAUUAUUGGUGAGCUGAAAUCUUCUUUAAAUGGUGAGUUCAAUGUUACAAUUGCCCAAGUGUCGGCGAAAUCUUUCAUUUACCCUGAAAGAAUACUUCAAUUAGCCUCCACGCAAACCAAAUUCGGUUUGACCGUUAGAUCUGUUAUUGCUUUUACAGAAACUGGACAAUUGGUUGAAAUUCCUAAAUUUAUUCUCAACAGCAGAAGGAUUGAUGACCACAUAAUGUCUUCCGAGGAGUAUGAAGAUGACUUCAAAAUGAUGCCUUAUGAACCAGUCAUCAUGAACAAUAACUUUCAAGUUUUGAACCACAAGAUCAAACUUCAAGGAGUGGAGGACAAGAAUCAGUAUAUUUUGAUCAAGCCUACUGAGUUAGAAUCGACUGCUGUGCUUUGUUUCUUGAACAAAUUCAAUGAAUUUUGCACCACUGUUCAGCCCUCUUUGUCAUACGAUCUCUUGAACAGUUCAUUUGACAAGCUCAAACUCUCUCUUACUAUUGCUGUAUUGUUUGUGGUAUUUGUUCUUACGAAACCUUUGGUUGAUUCUAAAAAGUUAAAUGCAAAAUGGUUGGAUUGA